CGCCCCAUAAAUAGCGGGGCCAGCGCGGCGCUCCCCACUCAGCGGCGGCGGCGGCGCCCGUGCCCGCGACCCUGCCCGUGCUCCUGUCGGCGGCGGCUCCGGCUCCUCCUCCCGGGCUGUGUGAGGUUCAAGACCUGAAAAAAUGGCAUUGGCAGCAAUUGAUCCACAGCAGAACAUUGUAUCAAGGGUUGCCAACCUUCCUUUGGUGAGCUCCACCUAUGAUAUGGUGUCCACAGCUUACAUCACCACAAAGGAUAACUAUCCUUAUUUGAAGUCAGUGUGUGAGAUAGCAGAGAAAGGAGUGAAGACGAUUACAUCAGUAGCCAUGACAAGUGCUAUGCCUAUCAUUCAGAAACUGGAACCACAAAUUGUAGUUGCCAACAACUAUGCCUGUAUAGGUCUAGACAAAAUUGAAGAGAGACUGCCUAUACUGAAUCAACCCACCGACAAGGUUGUUGCCAAUGCCAAGGAUGUAGUUGUUGGAGCCAGAGAAGCUGUAACAACCACUGUGACUGGUGCCAAGGAAACUGUUGCUCACACGAUCACUGGAGUUGUGGACAAGACUAAGGAAGCAGUGCAAGACAGCGUUGAAAUGACCAAGUCAGUUGUCAGUGGCAGCAUUAACACUGUCCUGGGAAGUCGUGUGGUGCAAAUGGUGAGCAGUGGUGUGGACAGUGCUCUCACAAAAUCAGAGACCCUUGUAGACCAGUAUCUUCCACUUACAGAAGCAGAACUAGAGAAAGAAGCUGCAAAUGUUGAAGGCUUUGAAGUUGGAGUCCAAAAGCCAAGCUACUAUGUUAGACUAGGAUCCCUGUCUUCAAAGGUCCGCACACGUGCCUACCAACAAGCCUUAAACAAAGUUAGAGAUGCUAAACAGAGAAGCCAGGAUACAAUCUCUCAGCUCCACUACACUGUUAGUCUGAUUGAGUAUGCCAGAAAGAAUGUGAAUAGUGCCAAUAAGAAACUUCUUGGUGCUCAGGAAAAGCUUUAUCAGUCCUGGGUAGAAUGGAAGAAAAAUACAGGCCAAAAUGAUGGUGAUGAUCUGCGUAGUGCUGAGCACAUUGAGUCAAGAACUCUAGCUAUUGCACAGAGCCUCACUCAGCAGCUUCAGACCACCUGCCUCACACUGGUCUCAAGCCUUCAGGGGCUGCCACAGAAUGUACAGGAUCAGGUUUACAGUGUUGGGUCAAUGGCAGGUGAUGUCUACCAGAGCUUUCGGUCCGCAUCCUCUUUCCAAGAAUUAUCAGACAGCUUCAUUGCAGCUAGCAAAGGACAGCUGAAGAAAAUGAAGGAGUCUCUGGAUGAUGUGAUGGAUUAUCUUGUCAACAACACACCGCUCAACUGGCUGGUUCCAGAUUUCGCUAUUACAGACCUGUCUUCAGAGUCAGAUGAUGUCCCAGAUAUUUUGGAUUUGGAUGAAGAGGAUCAACAGGAUUUUUCACGCACAAAUGGUCCUUACACUACAGGGCAAAGAGCUGAAUAGAGAAGCAUAAAAAUGUCUUUUUGAUACAAUGUACCUUUGCCAUGUUUGAUUUAGAUUUGUCCUUUUUAAAGAUGAACCUGCCUAGUUUAGGGAUUAUGGGGAUACUUUUUUUAAAAAUCAGUACUGUUUCACUUAGCUGCAUCAAAAAUCUGGGUUUUUCAAUGUAAGGAAUGCAUGCUACAUUAAUUGGUUAGCAUGGGUGUCAGGCUCCAGUUCUACAAGCCGGGUGUAGCCUAAUCAAUAUAUCCAACUAAUCUGAUUUUUAUUGAUGAUUUGUUCUCCUGCUGGUAGCAGCCAUGAGAACACCCCAGUGCUUUGCAUACAGGGCUGCCAACAAAAGGAGUUGAUGAGGAUUUGCCCACUUUCAGUCUAUGUGAAAAGCAGUGCUGCAUCUACCUCUUUGCUGCUGGAAGGGGUAAGAGACUUUGUCUAUCGGAUUUUCUCAGGUUCUUUUGUUAGGCUCUGCACCUACAGAGCUUAGACGCUUAGAGCUUUCCUUUGGCAAGAGUGCUUUAUGCACUAAAGGACUUCCUUUCUUUCCACAUGCCUUUUGUGUGCAAAUAUUAUGGCCAUCGUGAUGCUAUCAGUUGUGGCGCCUGAGACUAAAGGGAGUAAAUGCUUCAAUAUUAAAGUGUUUUGGGUAUAAGAAUAGCAUUUAAAUAAGAAAGGGGAAUAGAUUGUAAAAAGAAAGGAAAGCAAGAGAGUAAAGACAUAAAGAUUUCAGACAAAAGAAAAUUUGGGAAAAAAGAGGGAAUUGAAUUUAAGAGUUCUGGCGACAGUUAUUUUUAAAAAAGUGUUGUAAUAAAAUCUCAAUCAGUUAUUU